CCACCCACCACCCCACCCCUUCGCCUCUCACCCGAAGUUUGGAAGUGCACUGAGCAAGAAAAGCGUCACACUUGUCGGAGUCGGCGAAGAUUUAAUUCAGGAAAGUCAAGAGCGAAGCGUGCGGCCCGGUCAAGAAUGGAAGAAUUAGCGAGGGAGAGCAUCAGCUUGCUGGCCAAGCCUGCGCUGGACACAGACGGGCCGAGGCUAGGUUCCUUCGGAGCGAUAUUCAUUAUGCUGAAAUCUGCGCUGGGCGCGGGACUGCUAAACUUUCCGUGGGCUUUCGAGAAGGCGGGGGGCGUGAACACAGCUGUCGCAGUGGAAAUGGUUUCCCUGGUGUUCCUGAUCAGUGGCCUUGUGAUUUUGGGCUACUCCUCGUCCAUCAGCGGUCAGAACACGUACCAGGACGUGGUGCGGGAGGUGUGCGGCCCCGCCAUCGGCCAGCUGUGCGAGGUCUGCUUCGUCUUCAACCUCUUCAUGAUCUCCGUGGCCUUCCUGGUGGUGGUCCAGGACCAGCUGGAGAAGCUGUGCGUUUCCCUGUACGAGACGGUCACGGGGUCCACGGAGGCGGAGAUGCCCCACCACUGGUACACGGACCAGCGCUUCGCCCUCUUCGUCCUGUGCGUCGUCCUCAUCCUCCCCCUCUCCAUCCCCAAGGAAAUCGGCUUCCAGAAGUACACCAGUAUUUUAGGUACUCUCGCCGCAACGUACCUGACCGUGGCCAUAAUCGUGAAAUAUUACAUGAAGGAAGAACACACUGCUAUCAUCACGCCUACGUACACCAAUGGAGUGAGUUCAUGGGCUUCGAUGUUCAGCGUCAUUCCGACCAUCUGCUUCGGGUUUCAGUGUCACGAGGCCUGCAUCGCCAUCUACAGCAGCAUGGAGAACAAGAAGCUCUCCCACUGGGUGAUCAUCUCGGUGGUCUCCAUGUUCUUCUGCCUGCUCAUCUACUCCCUCACAGGGGUCUUUGGGUUCUUGACGUUUGGGAAGGAGGUCGCAGCGGACAUCCUGAUGUCGUACCCGGGCGACGACGUCGUCAUGAUCGUCGCUAGGCUACUCUUUGGAAUUUCCAUCAUCACCAUCUAUCCCAUCAUCCUGCUGCUGGGCAGGUCAGUGAUUCAGGACCUGCUGCUGCGUUGCCGUCGGCGACACGCCGUGGUAACGCAGUCCUAUGAGAACCGCAGCCGUGUGGUGCUGACGGUGGCCUGGACCGCCGUCACCCUCCUCAUCGCCAUCUUCGUCCCCGACAUGAGCGAGGUCAUCAGCGUCAUCGGGGGCAUCAGCGCCUUCUUCAUCUUCAUCUUCCCAGGUCUGUGCUUAAUAUUCUCCAUGCAGACAGAGCCCGUGUCUCCCAGGACAAAGAUUGUUUUGACGACGUGGGGCGCGAUCACCGUCCUGUGCGGAGCCUUCAUCUUCGGCCAGAGCACCACAAUCGCUGUCAUGGAGCUGUUCAACAAGUUUUAAUCAUCACCAUCAUCAUCCUCGUUAUCAACAUCAUAAUUAGAACCACCAUCAUGGAGCUCCUCAGCAAGUUGUAAUGGUGGCCAUCCCCAUCACUACCACCCUUAUCAUCAUCAUCAUCAUCAUCAUCACCAUCAUCAUAAUUUUCAUCAUCAUCGUCGUCAUCACUUUGAUGGACCUCCUUUGACAAGUCUGCUCUCGCCAGCUCGGAGGCCUCCAGUGAAAUUUUAAUCUGGAUGAAUUUUUGUGUUGAAAGCACCUCAAUCCACAGGCCAACAUCGCCAUCAAGGUUGGCCCCCUUGGGCGCUCCAGGAUCAUGGGUCUCUAUGUACAACUCCUGCCUCCACCCCAGCUAAUACCGUUAGCCUUUUUUUUUACUGUUAGCCUCAGGCGGUUCCUUAUGCUGCUGGAACACGGUUCUGGGAACACCAAUCAGGUGAGAGCAAGGGUUCAUGAACCGUAGAAAGAGGGGGAGCAGCCAUUACGUGCUGUCUGUGGUUUUGCUGCUUUGAACCGAAUCUGUGUUUUUGUUGACGGUGAGUGUGUCUGCUUGAUUGACAGCCCGUGGAAGUGCCGCUCUCGUUUUGGGGUUCGUGAAAGGUCACGCUGUUUGUGUUCCUCUUUCAAUCUCACACAACGAUUUUUAAGAACGGCUGAAGGAUUAGUCUUAAUAGACAACCGAAAUGAUUCCUUCAUUUUUAUUUCAUUAUUUGGGGGAUAUGUGUUGAAGGUUUUGAGGAAAAAACAUGUUUUUUGUGUAUUUAGAGGGUGCAUAAAUUUGUCCUAAACAUUGCAAGAGGGGUGGCCCCCACCAUUGUGGAAAAAAUUGGGUCCAAGGUGAAGGUGGGUUGUACUGGAUUAUGACACCGGUAUGCAAAUAUUAUUCUAGAACUUCAUCUUAGGAUUCCACAGAAUGUUUUCUUAAAGCUGCAAUACAUUAAAUCUAGAUCUUGUAUCAGAUUUAGAAAAUCUCAACAGAAAGAAUGAGAGAGAAUACCUGGAAUGGAUUUAGAGGACAUUCUGACCAUUGACUACAAAUUUACAUGUUAUCAAUCCUGAACAUACCAAGCGUGUUCACUGGAUGAAUGUGAAGGUUUACUUCCGUGGAUAGAUUCUCCGGCAACCACGUGGAACAGGUGUGUGACUGCCAUUUAGGGAAGGAAAAGAAAUGCGCUAACAAGUUUCAUUUCAAGUUUUCAAUAAAAAAACAAAAUGUAUUCCUUCAUUUCUUUGGUAAUAAUAUGUCUGGAAUUAUAUGUUUUAUGGAUGACAAAUGUUUUAACUGUGUAUUUUACUAGUCGUUGUGAGUUUACUGUAUGUGUGUGUGUCUGGGGGGGUAUGUUUUUAUGGAUUAAUAUAUGUAUAUUCAAAUUG